CCAUCUCCAUCGCUUGCUACGGCCGGUGUGGGCGGUUUCCAUGUGCCAGAUAGCAUCCCUAACCACCGAACACCCUUCCCCAUGCUUGUCUCGGUUCCGCAGAAUCCGCAACGCCCGACGAGUAUGACUAUGCAGCACGCGUUGGCUGGACUGUACACGCCACCCCCUGCGCAACCUAGCAGCGAUCUGCGGCCUCUACCCGGUCAUCCUAAACCUCAGCGGCGCAACUCCACGCCAUCUUCGCCGGCUACUUCUAUUGCCGGAUCAGCGAGUGGUAACACGGUUCAAUGCAGUGGUCAAACUAAGGCAGGACGGCGGUGCACGAGGCAAGUCAAGAUACCCAUGUCGGUUGCCCGUCUAGACGAGGACGAGGAUGAAGCGGUGGAGAUAUUCUGCUUCCAACACUCUAAGGAGUUGAUGGGUCAAAGUGGGUUCUACGCUCGUCAGAACGGCGAAUGGGUGGAAUACAAGGAUUGGAUACCGAACUAUCUGUCACAAGAUACUCAGGUCGCCUUGCGUAUCGAGAUGGAGAAGGCUCGUUCGCUGAGCGAUCAGGCGGGCUACAUAUACACUUUCGAGAUAAGAGAUAAGAAGACGCCUUCCCACAUUCACCUCAAAGUCGGUCGUGCGGUCAACCUGACGAAGCGCAUUGACGAAUGGGGCAAACAAUGCAAAUCUAAGGAACCCAUCCUCCGCGGCUGGUGGCCGGGCAGCGUCGAGGAAGAUAACAGCAGCCUGCUUAAAGGGCGGGUGAAGGCGGGUGAUAAGGGUCCAUGCUGCCAUCGGCUCGAGAGGCUCGUGCACCUGGAACUCACGGAUCUGACGUUGAACAAGCCUUAUCUCCACCCCAACUUCCCGAACCAGGCUCCCACCCCGGGUAACGGAAGAACGAACUCCAACUCGACUGCAAGUGGGAAGAAGGCGGAUGCCAGAUGUGAAGACUGCGGGCAACGACACAAAGAGAUCUUCACGUUCGAGCGUCCGCAGAUCGGGCCAUAUGUAGGCAAAGAAUGGGAGAAGCUCGUGCUUCCGGUAAUUGAGAAGUGGGGCGGAUUUGUGAGGGCUUAUGUUUGACGUACUGCAUGCAUAUGGACUGCUCGUAUUUUUUCGGACGAAUGAACGAACUGGAUCUAUCAGAACUAUCGUUGUCUGUUCAUCAUCACCACUGUAUAUCUCACAAUAUGAAUCC